AUGAUUAUUGAGCAAUUUAUGCAAGAAGUUGUCGUUUUGAGUGUAUUUAUUUUAAGUGCCCUCGUUUGGGCUGGCGCGGCUGCGGGAGACGCGCAAUUCGUGGCGGCUAUUUUAGAUGACGAGAAAUUUGUCUGUGCAGGAGCUAUACUGAGUGAGAAGUGGAUUGUUACUGCGGGGCACUGUGUUAAGCUUUUGAAACCCAAAGAUAUCAAAGUUGUGGUCGGUACAACAGAUUACACAAAGCCGGGCCAGACUCUCAAAGUUGCAUCAAUCGAAGAACAUCCCAAGUUUGCUGAUAUAACGUCGUUCAACUAUGAUAUAGCUUUAUUAAAACUUGCUUCCGACAUCAAGUUAGAUGACAAAACAAGAAAAAUAGAUCUCACCGGUUCUGACAUUAAAAGCAAAGAACAAUUACAAAUUACUGGAUGGAAACGGGCCAAAGAUACUAACUUGAAAUCACUGAAAUCUGAAGCAAUAAAAGAUAACAAUGACUGUGACCAGUUGUCGGAAGAUGUAGCAGAUAAUUUGUUUUGUUUAGCAAAAAGCCAAAAAGAGACAUAUGGUGAACUAGGCUCGCGUGACCUUCAAGGAGGUCCGAUCGUUGGUGCUGAAAACAAGCUGGAUGGUAUCAUCUAUAAAUUGGUCAAACCAAAACAAAUUGUCGGACUCGCUAUGCGUUUGAAUAAUUUCUCUAAAUGGAUAAAAGAAACGAUGCAAAAAAAGUAAAAUUUACUUUUUAAAUAAACUCUUAAUAUA